GUAUGACUUCCGGUCCAAGUCAAUGGGUGCUGCGCUUGAAUUUGCCGUAUCUGAAAAACUGUUGGGAGUUGUUUUACCUGCCACGGAUUUACUGGAAGAUACCAUUACCUUGAGCAAGGCUCUUAAUAUGGGACUGGUGGUACUAGUCUGGAGUGAUAGGGCACUUACACCAGCCACCAAAUCUUCUCUGGUAAGGUAGGUGACAUAAGCCACUGUAUGAAUAAGUUCAUUUCAAAUACCUUAUUUCAAGCUUCCACAUACCUCGUUUCACUAUUUCAUUCAUUUACAUAGCUUGAAAGCAGUCCCUUCAUUUAUUUAUUUCUUCUUGUGUAUGAAUAAGCAAAGUUGGUCGGUAGCAGUGAGAUUAUCCCAUGUGUGAAUAAGCAAGCUAAGUUAGUGGUGCUGCGAUGAUCCACUGUAUGAAUAAGUAAGGUAGGAAUCUUUAGGACAUUGCAGUUGAUAUGAAUGCUACAGCAACAAUGAAGUUCUUUUUUAGGUUCACCAAUGUAUAAAAAGUGAACACCCAUACAUUUUGUUGACAAGUUAUGAUAACUGCUACACACAUAAUGUUGUAGACUAAUUUAUGAAGACAAUCACACACAUACAUUUUUUAAAUAAAGCUAUGACAUCGAUUACAUAAGGACAUAUUUAUAGCCUUGAAAGCGUAUCAGUAUUUUGAGAGCUAUAUUCUCGGAAAUGCUAAAAGUUCCGGACUUAGUCCCGAUCAACUAUUGGAAACACAUUUCCAAAGCUCACUUCUUAUGGUACAUAAUUUGUUUACAAUCUCUGUAAUAAAUUUCAUCAAUUCAUGGUUAUAAAAAAAAUAAAGCAUUGUAGGGAUUUAUUCUUUACACUGGCGUCGUGAAAUAUUAAACAAUUUACAUUUUCAUAAUUUUACUUCCAUUUUCACUACAAUGUGAUUGGACAUGAUUGGUUUCAAUAAAAUGUGAUUGGACAUGAUUUGUUUCAAUAAAAUGUGAUUGGACAUGGUUUGUUUCAAUACAAUGUGAUUGGACAUGAUUUGUUUCAAUAAAAUGUGAUUGGACAUGAUUUGUUUCAAUAAAAUGUGAUUGGACAUGAUUUGUUUCAAUAAAAUGUGAUUGGACAUGGUUUGUUUCAAUAAAAUGUGAUUGGACAUGGUUUGUUUCAAUAAAAUGUGAUUGGACAUGGUUUGUUUCAAUACAAUGUGAUUGGACAUGAUUUGUUUCAAUAAAAUGUGAUUGGACAUGGUUUGUUUCAAUACAAUGUGAUUGGACAUGGUUUGUUUCAAUACAAUGUGAUUGGACAUGAUUUGUUUCAAUAAAAUGUGAUUGGACAUGGUUUGUUUCAAUACAAUGUGAUUGGACAUGAUUUGUUUCAAUAAAAUGUGAUUGGACAUGGUUUGUUUCAAUACAAUGUGAUUGGACAUGAUUUGUUUCAAUAAAAUGUGAUUGGACAUGGUUUGUUUCAAUACAAUGUGAUUGGACAUGAUUUGUUUCAAUAAAAUGUGAUUGGACAUGGUUUGUUUCAAUACAAUGUGAUUGGACAUGAUUUGUUUCACUACAAUGUGAUUGGACAUGGUUUGUUUCACUACAAUGUGAUUGGACAUGAUUUGUUUCACUACAAUGUGAUUGGGCAUGGUUUGUUUCACUACAAUGUGAUUGGACAUGAUUUGUUUCACUACAAUGUGAUUGGACAUGGUUUGUUUCACUACAAUGUGAUUGAACAUGAUUUGUUUCACUACAAUGUGAUUGGACAUGAUUUGUUUCACUACAAUGUGAUUGAACAUGAUUUGUUUCACUACAAUGUGAUUGGACAUGAUUUGUUUCACUACAAUGUGAUUGGACAUGAUUUGUUUCACUACAAUGUGAUUGGACAUGAUUUGUUUCACUACAAUGUGAUUGGACAUGAUUUGUUUUGAAUUUCUUAAACAGCAUUUGACCUUGCUCAUGCCUUGUUAGCUUAUUAUUUAUGGUGAUGCCUAAGUUCUUAUAUGCCUCUGUAAUCUGGUGUCCCCGUCCCCCCCCUCCUGAAAUCAACAACCACUUCCUUUAUUUUUGAGACAUUCAGCUGGAGAACAUUUUCAUCGCACCCAUUGAUAAAGCUUGUAACUAAGUUGCGGUAUAAGCCUUCUCCUUCAGAUAUUAAGCCAACGAUGGUUGUAUCCUCUGGAAAUUUUAAAAUUGGAACGGUGUCGCUCGAGCUUUGAAUAUCAUUGGUAUAUAUUGCAUACAGUACAAGGGAGAGAACGCAGUCUUGUGGCUUUUAGUGUCAUCUCAUUGCAUUAGAUGUAGAUAUAGUUCAUAGCGAAAUUUUGUUAACUACCUUACUUUGCAGAAUGCGCAUUGAUGGACUAGUCUCAGAGAGGAUUGACUUCUCGCUAAACUCUCGUACAGGGCACGAACUGUUCAAACUCCCAUUAAAAGAACGCGAGAAGUUGAGCCUGCCUUUCAUCAUCCUUGACGGGGGUCUUGAUAUUGUGCCAAGGUAAAAUGUCAUCCCACUAGGGGGCUCUCAUAUCCCCGGGUUUUCAGUUUUCCCUGAAAAACGGGAAGAAAACCCUCAUCCCGGGUUGCAUCUCGGGAAAUCCCGGUACAAAAAUAAUUGAAUAAAAAUAUUGAAAAAUAUCAUGUUUAAUAUGCUCUAAAUUUCCAAGAAUUUACUUAAUUUUAAAUCAUUUUUUUUCAAUACAUCGCGGUAAGGGUCCCUUUGCUUAUACAUAAUUUAAUAGGAAAACAGCUAAGAUCGUGUGGACUAGAGCUACUGAGCUAAAUCCUCCAGCACAGUUAACUAGAUGUUACAUGCCGUGAAAAUCUUCAACACUCUGCGACUUGUAUUCUAGAAGUUUGUAACAAGGUUUCCCCGUGAUUGGGAAUAUUUCCCGGGAAUUCUUUUGUUUGCUAAAAACCGCGCGGAGUCCGGAUUCCGGGAGUCCGGGUUACCGAGAUUACAGGAGAAACACACCUCCCGCCAAAAAAAAAAAUGCGACAACAACGAAACAACCCACUUGCCACCCCAGCCACCACCCUCAUUUCCAUCCCACCCAUCACCAUCGGGUUUCGUCUCUCAACAGAGACUGAGCGAAUGACAAUUUGAUAACAAUCUUCGAACACACAAGUUUUCAAUUUCGAUCUAGUCAUUGUUUCUUGUUUUGUCUGUGAUGCUGAAGUAGGCGUUUAGCUGAAACGUCCUCGCAAUCUUCUUGGCCUUUUCAUUUUGUUCAAGCCCAACACGUCUCUUGUUCCCUGUUUACUUGUUUGAACAACAGCUUCAUUUAUCCAAUACCUUACACCAACCCCCCGUGUCUUUUCUAUUCGAUCACCAGGUUUGCAAAGACUAAAGAAAUCGGCGCAGGAGUUAGUGUAGAGAAUUAAAGAGAUGAACGGGUUCAACAAAGCGAAGAUUGACAGCACAGCCACGAAACAAACUAUUGUUAUACACUAUGGCAUAACGAUACUAUAACUUGAUAUAAACAUUGUUGUUGUUCUAGAUGAGCGUUCGCGGGGG